AUGUCCAGACGCGGAGGGACGAAGCACUGCUGCUGGGGACUGUGUAACUCCGACAGCAGAUACCCGGAGCGUCUGCCCGAGGGGACGUUCUUCAUCCCGUUCCCAAAGCCUGGGAAGGUCCGCGACACGAUGACGGUGUUGGAGCGGGAGCUGGCGGAGCUGCGGACCCACAAAGCAAAGCGCUGGCAGCUUUUAUGUGGCCGGUCCCGGUUCCAAAGCCUGGACCAGAUCACCAGGAGCACCUACAUAUGCUCGCUGCACUUUGUUGGUGGAAAAGGCCCCAGGUCCGACAACGACGAGCCUGUGCUAGCGACGCUGACUGAGUCUGAGCUAAUCAGGAAGCAGCAAGCUCAAGAUGAAGAAAGUACAUCCUUCUCAGAGCCAAUGGAGGACGACACAAAGACUGAGGAAACUGCUGAACAUGAUGAAGACGGUUCAUCUGAGCCUGAUCUUAAGGACAACAUCAAGACUGAGGAAAUGGAGGUGCAUGUGUUCGAGAGCCGCUGUCCUGACGUGAGGACGGUCGAAACAUGUGAGCGCUGCAGCAUUGAUAACGUCAGAUGUUUUGUGGACUGCAUAGAGUUCUCGUGUGCGACCCCCAGAGACGGUGGGCAGCGAGGCCGUGUGUUUUCCUCUUCUAAGCAGCGCACCACCAUGAAGGCUCUGCUCGCAGUCACCCCCAACGGCGCCGUGUGCUUCGUGUCUGACCUUUAUGGGGGAAGUGCGAGUGAUGAUCACAUAUUUGAGAAGUGUGGGAUUCUGCAGCACAUCGAGCCAGGGGACGUCCUGCUGCUGGACAAAGGCUUCAGCGUCCAGGACCUGCUCCAGUCCAGACAAGCUACGGCCCAAACCCCGACCUUCCUCAGACAGAGGGCCAACCCCAAAGCAGCAGAGAAGACCACGAUGAGAGUGGCUCAGGCCCGAGUGCACGUGGAGCGCUUCAGAAAGAGACUCCAAAAGUUUGCUCUUCUCGGCAGAACGAUACCUCGCCAUCUCUGUCCCAUUGCAUCGCAGGCCGUUUAUGUCGGAUGUUGUUUAGUCAAUUUUCAGGAAAACCUAAGCAUUUGA